AACAUAUUCGUUGUUUCUGAGAACCAUCUCGGUAUUUCCAAAGAGUUGCGUUUGAGUAUCCCAGAGUGGUAGUAUGCAUGUUUUUAUUCAGACGCAGCGUCUUUUUGAGAAUGAAUAUUCAUGGCCUCCCAAGAAAUUUAUGCUCUGCUCCCUCAACUUUGUUACCUGUUCAACUCCCAACUCGAAUGGAGAGUCAUUUGUGGUAUGUUGUACCUGAGGAGGUGAAGAGUGAGACCCUUUUGAAGCGGUAUUUUCAGCUUCUCUCACCUUGUGAGAAGAAAAAUGUGCUGCGAAUGCGGGGGGAUGAGCUCCAAAAGAGAGCCUUGCUGGCCCGAGCGUUGGUUCGGACUACCAUUGCUAGAUAUACGAAUGAUAGAGUUGAUCCGAGAUCAUUGAACUUUAAAAAGAACGGUUAUGGAAAGCCUGAGGUAGAUUGGAAAAUUGAAGAUGAUUGGCAGCCACCAGCAUUGCAUUUCAACAUCUCACACACUUCUUCCUUGAUAGCUUGUGGAGUAGCCUUUGAUUCACCUAUUGGUAUCGAUGUGGAAGAGAAACAGCGAAAAUUGAAGCACCAUAUUCUAGCUUUUGCCAGACGGUACUUCUCUUCUCAUGAAGUGGAUCAUUUAACUUCUAUUUCAGACUUUGAACUUCAGCGGCAUCAGUUCAUUAAAUUAUGGACUCUCAAGGAGGCAUAUGUGAAAGCAUUGGGGAGGGGCUUCUCUGCUUCACCUUUUAAGACCUUUACCAUUAAAUUGAAAGCUGCAGCUAAGAGAGGCAUUCCUGAAUCUAGGGAUUCUAAGAUAUCUGAAAUAAGUGUCGAGUCUCUUGGCUCUGAAGACCUUACAAACAACUGGCAAUUUUUGCUUCUAGAGUUGGCUGGCUCCCAUUAUGGUGCCAUUUGCAUGGAGAAACAUAAUACUCUUGGAGAAGGAAAUGUUCCCAUAAAAUUGACGGCGCGAAGAACGAUUCCACUUGUUGAAGAUGAAUUUGUAGGAACUGAUGCUGUUGUACCAAUUGGUGGAUUGACUUGUUGA